GUUGACCUGAUAUCAAUAUAUCAAUAACCAACCUCGAAUCCAGGCACACACCGCAGCAACAAUAGUCCUCUGCACCGUUGUGCCCUGCUAGAUUCGAGUCACGGUGGCCCAUCAUGGCGUCCAAGGAUGAUAUCUCUGACGACGAGUCCAUUGAUUCACAACUCGAAUGGGAACUGGAAGAAGGAAUCCCACAGGUGGAAGAUCCUUUUAUUCAGAAAUACAUGCAGGGCCGUCAGGCGCUGAUAGACCAGGAAAAGAAGCAGCGACACGAUGCUGUGUUUAAGAAAACCAUGACACCAAUGGCCCGGCAGGCGGCCAAGAUCCUGUCUGCAAUCAGACGUCGCGAAUUGAAGGACGUGUGGACGUCCGACUUUGAAGACAGCCUGGCAGAGAAGAAUGGGGGCAACCUCUACCCAGGAAUGAUGUUCACUCUUGCGCGAGACCGAAUCGAGUCAACGGAUCUGUGGAAGAUUGUGGAGAGAAUGCCAAAGGGUGCUUUAUUGCACGCUCACUUUGAUGCUAUGAUCGACAUCGAUUGGUUGAUUGAUCAGGCUUUGAAUGAGAAAGGCUUCUGCGUUCUAGCCCCCGAGGCCCUCAGUGACAAAAACAAGAGGGCCACAGGUCUGAUCCAGUUCCGUUUCUACGCCGACUCUGAGAUCAAGACACAGAAAAGCCCUGGAAACAUCUGGACCGCAAACUAUACCCCCAAUGCACCAGUGCCAAUCCGCGAAGCACAACGGCUGUUUCCGGACGACGACCUUACAUUUAAGAAAUGGCUGAUUCAGAAGUGCACCGUCACUGCGGAGGAGUCAUUGUGCCACCAUCAUGGUCUCAACGCCAUCUGGAAAAAAUUUCAGAGCACUUUUGUCACAAUCGGAGGGAUGCUUUACUACGAGCCGAUCUUUCGAAAAGCAAUGCAGAGACUAUUGGGACAGCUAGCAGCUGACGGUAUCAUGUACGUUGAUCUGCGGACGGCCUUCAAAUUCGAAUUUCGCAAGGUCGGCUCCACGCAUGGACAGGUGGAUCACUUUGAUGACUUCUUUGAUGUUUUCGGCGACGAGAUUCAAAAGUUUAAACGCACAGAGGCCGGAAAAAACUUCAAGGGAGCUCGAAUGAUCUGGACAGUGGUCAGAAGUUUAGACACUCGCUCACAAGUCGAAGCGAUGAAAGAAUGUAUCCGGUUGAAGAAGAAACUGCCUCAUUUGAUUUGCGGGUUUGACUUUGUCGGCCAGGAGGACUUGGGCAAGACUUUGCAGGAAUUGACACCGUUAAUUUUCUGGUUUAGAAAGAAGUGUGCAGAGGCGGGAGUGGAUUUGCCAUUCUUUUUCCAUGCCGGCGAAUGUUUGGGAGACGGUGAUAGCACGGAUAGCAACUUGUUUGACGCCAUAUUACUGGGAACAAGAAGAAUCGGUCAUGGAUAUUCACUAUUCAAGCAUCCCCUUUUGCUGGAAAUGGUCAAGGACAAGAAGAUUCUGAUCGAGAGCUGCCCCAUCUCUAACGAGAUUCUACGGCUGUCGAGUUCAAUCAUGUCCCAUUCCUUACCAGCCUUACUUUCGCGAGGAGUUGCAGUAUCACUCAAUAACGACGAUCCCGCCAUUUUAGGCCAUGGAAAGAACGGACUCAGUCACGACUUCUGGCAAGCAUACAUGGCAUUCGAUAACUUGGGACUAGAAGGCCUUGGGACUAUGGCUGAAAACUCUCUCAAGUGGGCUGCGAUAGAAGAUCAGAAGCCGGCAGAAUGGACAAAGGCUAUCACGGAUGGAUACAUGGGCAAGACCAUCAAGUCUAAACUCCUACGGGAGUGGCGCUCUCAAUUCGAGAAAUGGUGCGAGUGGAUUGUCUUGGAGUGGCCUCUCGAAGGGGAUGACGACGACGACGACGACGACGACGACGACGACGAAGACGAAGACGACUUAGAUUCUGACGAGGAUGAAGAUGAUGAAAGUGAUGAGGAUUGAGGUGUGCCUGGCUAAUGGUCACCAUUAUGAUCAUGACGCUGUGGUUAAUGGUUUUGGUUCAACCCAGGAUAACAGCCGAUGGGCAACAAGGCACGUGCACGAUUUUUGCUAGAUUUCAACCCGGGUUUUCAGGGUUUACCAUACAUAGAUGAGCUCUACGCCUG